UGAAAUUAGACUUCACCACGUAAUCAACGGCUUUAAACGUAAUUGGCAGACGUUCGAAAUCAGUGGUUGAAGAAAACGUAUUCACAACUAGUUGAAUGCUAAAACAUGCCUUAUGAAAAAAAACUGAAAGGGAAACAUGAAAGCAUAGAAAUGUAAUGACAAAAAACGUCCAGCCAAAUUCGCUAUCCUUCCAACCAACUCAAUUUAUUUCAACGUACAAUUUGCGGACUAUCAGUUUAUUCCUAGACUGUCUUCAGCGUUGGAUGGUCUACUUCUGGUGUGCCAACACUCUGAGACAGCAUUGUGGGACCAACAACUAACUUUGUUACUAGAUUCCAUUCCCCUUUUGGCCAAUGAAAUUGCUUCUUUUUGGGAUGUCACGCACGGUGGCGGUAAUGUUAUGGAGUUUUUCCCUUCACGUCUGUCAGGUUGAAAAACAUAGGCCUUAUAGUAUCUGGCAUACAACCAGCGUUAGUGUUUGGACAAACCCUACCAACAUUCAGAGAACGACCAACACACUUUCCUAGUUCUGCAUGAGAACAAAUACAACUAUAGAAAUAUGGUGGUUCUCAAAAUCCGAGACCAGCCUGGCCUGCUGAAAGCCAUUUUCAACGUUGACCCAGAUGAAGUUCGUUCCCUCAUAUUUAAGAAGGAAGAUGUCAAUGUUCAGGAUAAUGAGAAGAGGACUCCGUUGCAUGCUGCUGCCUAUCUUGGAGAUGCAGAAAUUAUAGAGCUACUCAUACUAUCAGGAGGCAGAGUGAAUGCCAAGGACAACAAGUGGCUCACUCCUCUGCACCGAGCCGUGGCCUCCUGCAGUGAGGAGGCCGUCCAGGUGCUGCUGAAACACUCGGCUGAUGUCAACGCUCGAGACAAGAACUGGCAGACGCCCCUCCACAUCGCUGCAGCCAAUAAGGCGGUCCGCUGUGCGGAGGCUCUGGUCCCGCUACUCAGCAACGUGAACGUGUCCGACCGGGCCGGGCGCACUGCCCUGCACCACGCUGCCUUCAGCGGACACCUGGAGAUGGUGAGGCUUCUACUCUCCAGAGGAGCCAACAUCAAUGCCUUUGACAAGAAGGACCGCAGAGCAAUCCACUGGGCCGCUUACAUGGGUCACAUUGAGGUGGUGAAGCUGUUGGCGUCUCACGGAGCAGAGGUGUCCUGUAAAGACAAGAAGGCUUACACACCCUUACAUGCUGCAGCCUCCAGCGGUAUGAUCAGUGUGGUCAAGUACCUCCUGGACCUGGGGGUGGAUAUAAAUGAACCCAACGGGUAUGGUAACACGCCCCUUCAUGUGGCCUGCUACAACGGCCAGGAUGUGGUGGUCAACGAGCUGAUCGAGUGCGGCGCCAACGUGAACCAGGUGAACGAGAAGGGUUUCGCCCCCCUCCACUUCACGGCCGCCUCGCGCCACGGUGCCCUGUGCCUGGAGCUGCUGGUGGGCAACGGGGCAGACGUCAACAUCAAGAGUAAAGAUGGGAAGACUCCCCUCCACAUGACAGCCAUCCAUGGGCGCUUCUCCAGAUCUCAAGCCAUCAUCCAGAAUGGGGCUGAGAUCGACUGUGAAGAUAAGAACGGAAACACACCCCUGCACAUCUCUGCUCGCUACGGCCAUGAGCUACUCAUCAACACGCUCAUCACCAACGGAGCUGACACGGCCAAACGAGGUGUCCAUGGGAUGUUCCCCCUCCACCUGGCAGCUCUCAGCGGGUUCUCCGACUGCUGUAGGAAGCUCCUCUCCUCAGGCUUUGACAUAGACACCCCCGAUGACUUUGGAAGGACCUGUUUACACGCCGCGGCAGCUGGAGGCAACCUGGAGUGUCUAAAUCUGUUGCUCAACACGGGGGCAGACUUCAACAGAAAGGACAGCUUCGGGAGGUGUCCUCUGCACUAUGCUGCCGCCAACUGCAACUACCAGUGUCUGUUUGCCCUGGUGGGGUCGGGGGCCAGCGUCAACCACCUGGACAAGAGGGGCUGCACCCCGCUCCACUACGCCGCUGCCUCCGACACAGACGGAAAGUGCCUGGAAUACUUGCUCCGGAAUGAUGCCAACCCGGGAAUCCGGGACAACCAGGGCUACAACGCGGUCCACUACGCCUCGGCAUACGGACACCGCCUCUGUCUGGAGCUGAUUGCAAGCGAAACACCUCUUGAUGUGCUAAUGGAAACCUCAGGGACAGACAUCCUGAAUGACUCUGAUGUCAGAGCACCCAUCAGCCCCCUUCAUCUAGCUGCCUACCACGGCCACCACCACGCUAUGGAGGUCCUGGUGCAGUCUCUGCUGGAUCUGGAUGUGAGGAACAGCCAGGGCCGCACCCCUCUGGACUUGGCUGCCUUCAAAGGCCACGUGGAGUGUGUUGAAGUCCUCAUUAACCAGGGAGCCUCCAUCCUGGUCAAAGACUUCACCCUGAAGAGGAGCCCCAUCCACGCUGCAGCCACCAACGGCCAUUCUGAGUGUUUACGUUUGUUGAUCGGAAAUGCUGACCUCCAGAGUGCAGUGGACAUUCAAGAUGGAAAUGGACAGACCCCUCUGAUGCUGUCAGUGCUGAGUGGACACACAGACUGCGUGUACUCACUGCUCAACAAGGGAGCUAACCCUGAGGCCAGAGACAAGUGGGGCCGGACAGCGCUACACAGAGGGGCAGUGACUGGUCACGAGGAGUGUGUGGAGGCCCUCCUGCAGCACAAUGCCAGCUUCCUGGUCCGGGACUGUAAGGGGCGGACCCCUGUCCACCUGGCGGCAGCUUGCGGACACAUUGGGGUGCUGGGGGGGCUCCUGCACGCCGCCCAGUCAGUGGAGACCCUCCCCGUCAUCACUGACAACCAGGGCUACACCCCUCUUCACUGGGCCUGCUAUAACGGCCAUGACACGUGUGUGGAGGUGUUGCUGGAGCAGGAGGUCUUCCACAAGACAGAGGGCAACUCCUUCAGCCCUCUCCACUGUGCUGUGAUCAAUGACAAUGAGGGGGCAGCAGAGAUGCUGAUUGACACUCUGGGCCCUGCUAUCGUUAACGCCAUUGACACCAAGAACAGGACGGCCCUCCACGCAGCCGCCUUCACGGACCACGUGGAGUGUCUGCAGCUCCUGCUAGGCCACAACGCCCAGGUCAACUCCCCCGACGCCUCCGGGAAGACACCCCUCAUGAUGGCUGCUGAGAACGGGCAGACCAACGCCGUCGAGCUUUUGGUAAGCAGUGCAAAAGCAGACCUCACACUACAGGAUACAGUGAAGAACACAGCUCUUCAUUUGGCCUGUAGUAAGGGGCAUGAGACCAGUGCCUUGUUGAUACUGGAGAAGAUCACAGACAGGAACCUCAUCAACUCGACUAACGCAGCCUUACAGACGCCUUUACACGUGGCAGCCAGGAAUGGCCUGACUGUGGUGGUGCAGGAGUUGCUAGCUAAGGGUGCUAGCGUGCUCGCGGUCGACGAGAACGGUUACACGCCUGCCUUGGCCUGCGCCCCCAACAAAGAUGUGGCCGACUGCCUGGCGCUGAUCCUGGCCACCAUGAUGCCCGUGUCCCCUGGCACCCCAGCGCCCAGCCUGCCCUUCAGUGCCGUUAACCACUACACCACCAGCCCCUCCAAGAGCGUCACCUUCGACAGCCUGCCCGUGCUGCGGAGCGAGCACAGCUCCUACUGCAGUUUCAACAACAUCGGCCACCGCGGCCACGACGGAGACUUCUACAAGGACGAGGAGCUGAACGAUUCGGACUCUGAGACCUACUAGGCGGGGGAGGAGCGGGGGGGAACGCAGAGGCAUAGCCAGGCUGAUGGACAGCUGCUUGGGGGAGAGGCCACAACGACACACGCGCACGCACACACACACACGCACACACACACACGUGUCUUAAAUCACCACAGCCAGCUUUGGGGGAGGGGUGGUGGCACAGGAGCUGAGUCAGUCCACACACAGGAGCCUUAAGAGUUGGAGUGAGAGGAAAGGAUGGAGGGGAGAGGGGGAAGGCACAGCAGGCUCCUUCUCCUGCCCCCCCCCUUCCCCCCCCCCCAGGUGUCCUUCCAGCAGAUUCUGGACUUCAGAGCGGCUGCUGCAGCUUUACCUGACCUUUACCGUCAACGGUCCUCGGUGAGGGACACUGUACUGCGAACUGUAGGGCCAGCGGACAGUCACCUUUAUGACGGCAAUAACCUGUAGACGAAGGGAUAGUAGCACUUCACUGAGAGCAAAACCAACAGGGACCAAAAGAUGUGGAGGAGGCAUUUUCAAAAACCUGCUUUGACUGUAUAACAGGUCUGAGUGUGUUUUGGCUGAUUGGGGUUAAAGUAGGAAAGACAAAAUUAUGAAGCCAGGUUUCAUUCGUUACAUUUUCCUAAAGAGUUGUCUAUCCCGUGGGAUAGUCGUGUUUAUUCGCACACUAAGACAGUCAAAUGUCAUAUGGCCUCUUACAUCUGUGAUCCAUGCAGGACAAGGGGACAUCAUUUCUUUUUUUAUGAACAUCAACGAUGAAACUCUAAUUCUUGUCUCAGACUCCUGACCCUCAGGGGGAAACAAAUUGUAGUAUUUGCGCUACUGUAAUUAAAAAGGUUUUGAUUAAGUUCCAAAAGAAACCUUUCCCCUAUGUAGAGGUCCACUUAUGAUCAGAGCUCAUGUGGCUACAGUCUAAAGUAGUUCACUAUGUAGGGAAUACGGUGCCAUUUGGGACACAAACCUAAGGAGCAACGGGGCUUUUUAAGUUAAUGGAGCAUUAUUACAUUUGUGUUAUUAAACCCUGUCCUUCGCCAUCUAGAAAGUUUUUAAAGUAAAUUAUUCAUACAUGUAUUUUCUUUGAUAUUUAUGUCAUCAUUUUGUGCCUUCAUUAGUUACUGAGGGAAGGUGGGAGGGAAGGGGCAGCUGAGUGGAAAAAGUACUACCACGUUUGUGAAAAGCACUGAUACUACACUGAGGCGUAGGUUGCUACGUUGCCUCCCUUGGAGAAGAGAAACACUGUAAACCAAUGGUAGGACAACAGCAUUUGAUUUUCUUCUGUUGAAAAUAAAUGUUAUUUUUGUCUUGGUCUUAUAAUCAAUGUAUUUUGACAGGUUUUGCUUGCAUUAAGUUCCAAAAAAAAAAAAACUCAAUCCUUUUGUGAUUGUCUGUUUAAACCCCCUGUUUCUGGCUCUUUUUGAAAAUGAUUUUAACUGGAAGUAUGUA